AUGAGCCGUCCAUCCGCCGCAGAUGUAGUUCCACCUCAUAUGGUCGCGGAGAUGCAGAUGAUGAAGGAACGGAUGGACUUCAUGAUGAACGCCAUUAGAGGACGGGUGGAGAGCUAUAACGGAUUUAAGGAUCCACUAGAUCACCUAGAGUCUUUCAAGACACUGAUGCACCUGCAAGGAAUGGCGAACGAGAUCAUGUGCAGGGCCUUCCCCACUACGCUAAAGGGUUUGGUUCAACAGAUAGAAGCUCUUAUCAGGCAAGGGAAGUUGCAAAGGUUCAUCGAUAAGGAAAGGAGGGACCAGCCCCAAGAACCACCUACCCGAAGAGAAAACGAGCAUCCCAGACCCCCACUAGGAGACAUAAGGAUGAUUGUAGGAGGAACCACAGCAUCUGGCUCAUCCAAGAAGGCACGGAAAACCUACCUACGGAUGGUUCAGAACGUCCAGUUGAUGAGAUUCGUCCCAAAGAUGGCACGGAUUGACAAGCCUGUCAUUGAGUUUACAGAGAAAGAUGCCAAGCGUCUCCACCACUCUCACGACGAUGCGCUCGUAGUUAGCAUUCGGGUGGGAGACUACAACACCCACCAAGUCCUUAUGGAUAAUGGGAGCUCUGCCGACAUCAUCUACUACCCAGCAUUCUAG